AAUUUGCAGUCGUUAAAAAGCAUAGCAUCAUAACUGAAAACCAUGGACGAGGAAGCUCUGAUAGCGCGUGCGAAGGAGGAACGAGAGAAGAUUUUCCAGCGGUACGAUAAGGGCCGGGAACCGGGUGCCGAGAUCGAUCCGUGGGAGGAUCCCCAGUUUGAAGUGUACCACCAGACGGAUAGGUAUGGAUUCAUCCAUGACAAACGGUUACCCCGCAAACGGGAACCGCACGAAUCGAAAGCGCUCGAGAUCGAGAUGGGCCGGGUGAAGAAGUGGCUCAAACUGCUCGGCCUUUCCUCCCAACCAACCAAACGCUCUUGGGACGAUAAGGCGGUACAGGCGAAGGUUCGCAAACGCGUGUUCAAAGGCAUACCAGAGAAGAUACGCGGUAAGGUGUGGUGCAAGCUGCUCAACCUGGAGCAGGUGAUGAAGGAGGAAGAGGGUAAAUACAAGAAGAUGCUCGAACUGGCACGCAACUGGAGUACGGAAGCGCGGCAGAUCGAUAAGGAUGUGAACCGACAGUUUCGGGAUCACAUCUUUUACCGGGAGCGUUACAGUGACAUGCAGCGAAGUCUGUUCAAUGUGCUGGUGGCGUACAGUAUGUAUAACUCCGAGGUUGGCUACUGCCAGGGAAUGUCCGGACUGGCUGGUGUACUCUUGAUGUACAUGAAGGAGGAGGAAGCAUUCUGGGCCCUGAGCAUCCUGCUGGCGGAUGCAAAGUUCGCGAUGCACGGUCUCUUCAUUGAAGGCUUCCCGAAACUGACCCGUUUUCUAGCACAUCACGACAAAAUCAUAACCAAAUUCAUACCAAAGCUUAAAAAACACUUUGACCAGUGCAAUCUCGACUCGAUCCUGUACUCGUUGAAAUGGUUCUUUGUUGUGUUUAUCGAAAGGAUACCGUUCAGCUUGUGUUUGCGCGUCUGGGAUAUUUAUCUACUCGAUGGGGAAAAAGUGGUCACUGCAAUGGCGUACAACAUACUACGUAUGCACCGUAAUCAUAUACUUAAGCUACGAGACAUGGAUCAAAUCGUGCAGUACAUUCAGACGCGGCUUUGUGAAGAUUUUGGGUACGAUGACGAUACGGUGAUUAAAAAUCUGGAACAAUGUAUGGAGGAGCUGCGAAAGGCUGGCUUAGAGUUGCCUCCUCCGCCCAGCGAGAUUGAACUGCCGAAAAAAGAGUUCGGUGUAUUUAUAGAACCUACUGCGGCCGCACAGAUUGGUCGACGGAAACAGGAAUUUACCGAAACGGAAAAGGAAGUCACCGAAACGGUCAAACUAAAGCGAGAGAUAACUGAACAGGAAAUUGCCAAUCUUAAUCGAAUCGCAACCGCACCGGGAGGUUCCACACAACAAUUAAAUACAGUACACAUUCCCGAAUCGGAAGAUGGUGGGUCACUUCUAGGAAGCUCACGGAAAUCGUUGGCCGACACGUCAGUUACAUCCACGGCCGAUUUGAGUGUGCUUUCCGGUGGGCAAAGUCAACGAUCACACCAAGCGUUCGAUUUCUGUGUCGACGAACAGAACGUGAUCCCGAGUGAGGACGAGGGUGAUGGUGAAGCUAGCCCGGUAUCAAAGCGCAAACAGUCGACAGUGCCAUCGGCGUCGCCUGGUACCGGCCACGGUACCACGUACGCCACCGCCUCCACCACCUCCUCGGCGAGGCCGGUCAGGCAUAGAAGUGCAACAUCCGCCAUCGGUUCAACGAGUGUGGUAGAGCGCAGUCCAUCCGCACUGCAGCUGAUGACUCCACGGGCCAUGUCUCCGCACGACGUAGUCCGCAUCUACGUACCACCGGCUCCACCGGAAGAGGUGCAAAAGUCCAUCGGUACGUCCAUCGCCCAAAACAAUCGCGAACCAGCAACCAACGGUGGUACGGUGGGACAACGGCGCAAUCGUUCUUCGCGUGCCAGUUACAACGACGAGGAUGAGGAGGAGGGUGACGGUUCGAAAACACGUCGCAACAGUGAAAUUGACCUGUACCUUCAGCAAUCGAUGAAUACCGUCAGCCCAUCGGUAGUGGGCAAUAAUGGGAGUAACGUGGCCGCGUUCGGUAGUGGAAAAUUUUCCGACUUUACCAGCGGUGAUUUCGGUGGAGGGCAGCAACAAGGGUCCCUGCUUUCGUCGGCACCAUUGUCACCGGUGGCAUCCCAGAGCAACGCGAAUUACCUAUCGAAUGGACGUUCUACCUCGUCAUCCCGGCGGGGCAGCAUGUCACGGAAGUCCCCGGCUCCAACGCUCGAUAGUGAGUUUAUUAUCGAGUGUAGUCAUUUGAAGAAUCGAAAAUAUGUUCCACCGGAACAUCACAGCAGUCACAACAGUCUGGUGCUGAGUGUUGGCGGUGGCAUACCACCAGCGUAUGGAAGUCGUAACGGAUCGGAGUCGAACAUUCAUCGCAUGACGUCGUUUGAAGAAUUGGCCAAAGCGAAACUGCAGCAUCAUCUUUCCGGCAGCGGUGGAAGUGGAGUCAUUAGCGGCAGUAGCAGCAGCUUGUUGAAAAGCGCAGCCGAAGAUUAUUACACCGUGCGACAAACGGUGUCGGUUGCGAAGGCGACAAUCGCUUCCACCAACAAUCGGAUGGCGCGAAGUGAAAUUUACGAGUCAAUCGAAAGCAGAGAAGAAUCUCAUUAUGAUAGUCCACGUCGACGGCCACAGCAGCAGCAGCAGCAGUCUAUUGAUAUAACAUCCGAUGGUGCUGGUGGUGGUGGUUCGUUGCAAAACCACAAAAGUUCCCGAGGCCAUAAGAGCGACUACAACAUCCAGUAUCGAGCACUUUCGCAGCAGCAACAGACGGCCGGUCCAACCUCACCGCUGAGUGAUGGUGGAGGCGAUUGGGUUGAAUAUCGGCCAUUUAAAUCAUCAUCCCGGCAAAACAGUGGAAACGAUAGCUCACCGUUUGAUUACGAUCCACUACCCACGGAUGGUGGCUCGUCUGGGGAACGGGCCAAUGUGGGCACGGAACGCUACAAUCGUUUCUUUAACAAUGAUGAAGAGGACGAUGAUCGGGAGGACGCAUUGAAUGGAGCGGAGGAAGUCGCCACAUACCGUCAUCGGGAAGACGAAGAUAAGCUAUUGACGAAAUCGUCCGACGAUUCAUCCACAAGUCCUCCACCACCACCUACCAGCACCAGUCGUCCUUCCCAGUUGCCCCAAUACCAGCGGCAACCGGUUAGUUCUUCGGGAAUAACGGGCAGUAUGCAACGACAGCGACCCCGCCAAAGACAACCACCAACGACAAGCCCGUCCCAUCAUCACCAUCAAAAUGGUACAACGCCAACGAACGAAAUGGCACCGUUGUUACCGAUUUCCCCGUCCUCAUCGUCGUCCUCGGCCAUACCCGUCAGCAGCAUCAUCGGUGGUGGCAGUGGUAGUAGUGUGAAGCGUAAAUAUUCUACCGAAUCAUCCUCACACAUACCGGUGGUCGGUUCGGCGUCGUCCACAACCAGCACCCCAACCGGUACGAGACGGCGUGGAUCGAACGCAUCCGCUGCCAGUGCCACUAUGUCUUCUCCACCCGUCGUCCAUUCACGCAUACCGGUGGGUUUAAAAUCGCCCACAUCGCCCACCGGUUCGUUCCGGUCUGGAAUACCGACACAAAAGUCCUCAGGUCGGUUGGCCUCUGGAAAUUCCAAGGCAGCGGACUUUGGUGAACGUUUGCCACAGUAUCAGUACGGUACGACUUCAUCCGGACCGGCCUCGUUAGCUCUAUCGCCAUCGUCAUUUCAAAGGGCCGGCGGAACGGUGCAAGGAUCGGCUGGCUCGGGACUGUACUCAAGCAGCAGUCGGUUAGGAUCAUCCCGGUCAGCUCAUCAGAUACAGUCGGACUCGAACAAAAUCCGUAUUCAAAUUAAUCCAUCACAAUCUCUCAGCAGUAGCGGAGGUACGACAAAGGGUGGAUAA